AUAGUGUUAAGCGGUUUGAUUCGAGCUCUCGGAAAGUUGUUUGGAAUGUUCGCACUCCCUGGCUUCCAUGGAUACAAUCGUUCAAGCAGCUCUGGAAGAGAUAUGUUCACGUGGAGUUGCCGGCCUUCCUCUCCUUGAGCUCUGGUCGCAGCUCCAGCCUGCACUCUCAAGCCACGGUUUCACUCUGAGCCCUAAAUUCAAGGAGCUAUUAUGGACCAACCUCCUUGACAUUCCGGACCUCCAAUUCAAAUCGCAUGGCGGCGCAUACGGCCCGCGCGACGAUUGCAUUCGCUCGGUGGUAGAUUCCGAACGGCUGAAUUUGAGAAUCGUUGCGCCCGAGCAUCUCCGUGAUAGCUUCGUCGGGAUAUAUGAUGUUGAUGCCUCCGAUGCAAAAGUCAGUGCUCAGCAGCGCCGUGUUCUCGAGCUUCUCGCCAUUGCCAGGGGAAACGGAAUUACACAAAGUGUUCUUACCAAAGAACUUGGUGUUAGAGGGAAUGACAUUUUCUACAUAUUGAAGAAACUAGAAAGCCGUGGAAUGAUUACAAGGCAGUCGACAGUUGUUAGGACAAAAGAAGCAUCCAAUGAUGGAGAGGAGUCAAAAAAUGCUUCUGUUGUUAGCACCAAUAUGGUCCACUUGUAUCGAUAUGCAAAGCAUUUGGGUUGUCACCAAAGGCUUGAAAUCACCAAGGGCGACAAUACCAAUGGAAAUGCGGCAAGUGUUGACUGUUUUUCUGAAGAAUCCACUAAAGAGGAUGUGCACAUAAGAGAUUUUCUGCCGGCACUAAAAGCUAUCUGUGAUAAGCUUGAAAAAGCUGAGGGGAAGGUACUGGUUGUCUCAGACAUUAAGCGGGAUCUUGGUUACAAAGGAUCUGCUGGGCAUAAAUCAUGGAGAAAUAUCUGCCACAGGUUGAAAGAGGCCCGUGUAGUGGAGGAGUUUUUGGCUAAAGUAGAUGGUAAAGUAAGUGAGAAGGAGGUCAAUUGCUUGCGCCUGUUGAAGGAGUUUUCACCAAAGCAUUUUGAGCCAAAAUCUCGUGCACGUGAAUGUGACGAUUUCGACACAGAACAGCCAACAAAAUUGGCAAGGAGAGGUCAAAUUACAGACCAGCUUGUAGACCUCCCAAUCGAGCAUCAGAUAUAUGAUAUGAUUGAUGCUGAGGGAUCAAGAGGGUUGACAAUCACUGAAGUAUCCCGAAGGCUUGGAAUAAACAAUAAGCGGUACUAUACAAGACUUCUUAAUGGAUUUUCCAGACUUGGAAUGCAUCUGCAGGCUGAACGUCCUAAUAGAGGAGUGGUCUACCGUGUCUGGACAUCUAGAUUCUGCCUUAGUGAAGCAUCAAAUAAAACUCUGAUGGAUGCAGAAGAAGUCUUGAAGGGAAAUGCUGAUAGUAAUUCACAUGUAAUGGGCCUGGAGGCUGAAGAUCUAAACCCCUCAGUUUCCAAUGGUUGUUUUAAAGAUGCCAGUAAAAUUGACAUCACAGAAGUUGAACAUGAAGGUCCUAAUAAUGUGAUGCUGGAUGGGGAUGGUAGCACAACUUUGCUCUCUUUGAGUAAACCCCAAAACUCAGACCCCGAUACUAGUUAUACAGUUCCUGAUGCAGAACUACAGAUAGUGAGCACAAAACCACUCGAUGUUGUUCCAUAUGAAACAUUGCCUCUUGCUGGGUUGACACCUUCUGGACGCCGACCAUGUCGUAAGUAUCCUCGCCUUACAUUGGUUGCGGGCAUUGCGCAGAGGGAACAACGGAUUCUUAAGAUGUUGCAGGAGGAGAAGUUCCUUAUAAAGCCUGACCUACAUAGGCGGCUUGAGAGUCUUCAGAGUGGCAUGAUGGACAGGAAAACCUUAGAGCGGUGUCUGAACAAGCUUCAGCAAGAAGGACAUUGCAAAUGCAUUCAUGUUAGUGUCCCUGUUGUCACAAACUGUGGCCGCAGCCGUACAACAGAGGUGGUCUUGCACCCAUCAAUUUAUAGCAUUUCUCCUGAAGUACUCGGUCAGAUUCAUGAAAAAAUGAGAUCUUUUGAAACACAAAUCCGCAGUCAAUCUCGAUUGAAAAAGGGGCAAUCAAUUCCUAAACUUAAUGAUGUUCAGAGAAUCCCAAAAGAUGUAAAGUUGGACGGCCAAGCUGAGCAGUUUGAAGUGAUGCGUGCUAAUGGAUAUGUGAUUGCAAAGAUGGUUCGAACAAAGCUUCUUCACAUUCACUUGUGGGGUUACAUCAGUAGUUCACCUGGUUGUGAUGAUAUUUUGUCAUCUUGUAAGCAUGGAUAUGACUUGAAAAAUCCACACAGUACUUGUAAAUUGAUUGAUAUAAAUGCAGCUAUCAAGGCAAUGCCACUUGAGUUGUUUCUACAAAUUGUGGGAUCCACUGAGAAAUUUGAGGACAUGAUAGAGAAAUGUAGGAAUGGUUUGUGCCUGUUUGAUCUUCCUCGGCCGGAGUACAGGCGCCUGAUGGAUAUGCGAGCAACAGGACGGUUUUCUUGGCUAAUUGACAUUUUACGACGUUUAAAGUUAAUUCGCCUCGUUAGUGGUGAGAAAACAGAUGUAACUGACACCUCUCAAACUACGCUUAUUUAUUCAUUGGAGCUUAAACCUUACAUUGAGGAACCAGUCUCCAUCACCCCAUCUUCUGGUUUCUUUUCGUAUGAUCUUCGCCCUCAAAUUAGACAUGACUUUGUCCUUUCAAGCAGAAGAGCUGUUGAUGAAUACUGGAAAACCUUAGAGUAUUGUUAUGCUGCUACCAAUCCGAAAGCUGCUUUACAUGCAUUUCCUGGAUCUGCAGUUCAUGAGGUUUUCCAUUCUAGAUCAUGGGCUUCAGUCAGGGUAAUGACAGCUGACCAGCGUGCUAAGCUUCUUAAGCGUGUUUUCAGUGAUUACUCAAAUAGAAAACUCUCAUACAAGGAGUGUGGAAAGAUUGCUAAGGAUCUGAAUUUGACAAUCGAGCAGGUGCUUCGCGUUUCUUAUGAGAAAAGGAAGCGCCAUCGUGAUAGAUCUCAGGGGUUUUUAGAGCAGGGAGAGAGUCAAGCCUUGAAGAGUACACAAUCAUCAUCUUCAAGGAAAAGAAGAAGAUCAUCAGGAGCAAAAUCCUCAAAGUAUGGAAUUGAUGGUGCUGAUUUUGGAGAGGAUCAGAGACUACUUCCCGGAAUGCUUGAUCUUGACACAGACCAGUUAAAUGACGCUCAAGAUUCUUCCCUGGCAUCAAUGAAUAACAGCUGCGAUUUGUGGAUGGAUCAGAAUGGUGAUUGUAUUGGAGCUACUGAAGAGCUAGAAUCAAAUGAACAGAAUGACGAUGAUGAUUCUUUCAUUCACAAGUCUGCUUUAUCAAAGCUGAAGGCAACAAUCAAGAGGAAGUUUUCUUGGACUGAAAGUGCAGAUAGGCAAUUGGUGAUUGAAUACGUCAAAUGUAGAGCAGCUCUUGGAGCAAACUUUCACCGUGUAGGCUGGGGCUCCCUUCCAAAUCUUCCAGCACCACCAGAGGCUUGCAAAAGGAGAAUGGCAUUAUUAAAGAGCAAUUCAGAAUUUAGAAAAGCUGUAAUGAGACUCUCUAAUGUGCUUAGUGAGCGUUAUGCGAAGUACCUUCAGAAAUUUCAGGAUCAAUCAUCAAAUCACGCUGGUGGCAAGAUGAUGUUUCGUGAUAGGUCCAAACAUACCACAGAAUUUGUCUUUGAUGAGCAAUGGGAUAACUUUGAUGAUGACAGUGUAAAGACAGCUCUUGAUGAUGCUCUACAGCUCAAAAAGAAGGCUAAAUUGGAAGCGUCAAAAGAAGUUGAACCUCUUGAUGAUAAGUGCACAGAUGUGGAUAUCAAUUCUGAAGAACUAUUUCCACAUGGCCAAGAUACUGAGAAUCAUGCUCGUAUGAGUAAAAAAGCUGCUGGCCGGAAAUCAUGCUCCAAUCGAAUUGCUCAAAAGUUUGUUAAGCCUUUAAAUGGCCGAAUCACAGUCAGUAAACGGGUACAUGAAUCAGUUGCAAUUGCUAAUGCUCUAGAGCUCUUUAAGCUCAUCUUCCUCAACAGUUCAAAAUCACCAAUGGUGCCAACUCUACUAGCUGAAACUUUAAGGCGUUACUCUGAGCAUGAUCUAUUUUCAGCAUUCAACUAUCUCAGAGAGAAGAAAAUUAUGAUUGGUGGUAGUGCCAGUAGUCCUUUUGUACUUUCUCAAAACUUCUUGCAUUGCAUCUCUUCGUCUCCAUUUCCAAUCAACACUGGAAAAAGAGCUGCUAAAUUUGUUAGCUUGCUCUGUGAAAGUAAAAAGGACCUGAUGGCAGAGGGGCUCACUCUUCCAGCAGAUUUGCAGUGUGGCGAUGUUUUCCAUAUCUGUGCUUUGGUUGCUUCAGGAGAACUGUCAAUUACUCCUUGCCUGCCAGAUGAAGGUGUUGGAGAGGCCGAGGACUCUAGGGCUUCUAAAAGAAAAUCCAAUAGUAGUGAGCUUUUUGAUGAGGAGAGGUCUAAGAAAUUGAGAACUUUAUUGGCUGGUGAUAGUGAAAUUAUCUCCCGUAGACCAAAAGGUUUUCCAGGCAUCAGCCUAUGUUUGAGACAGGCAACAAUAUCAAAACUUGAAGCUUUGGAAUCAUUUAAAGAGGUUAAUAGUGCUUUCACCCUAUUCUCUGAAGAGCACCAAAUUGGUAUGGCUUCAGGUGUAAAAGUUGAUGGUAUCUCAUCCAAAUCUGAUGAAUGGAACCACAAAGAGGGAUUUCUUGAUUGCGAGACUCACCAUUCUGCAGUUCUUUCCACCGAGUCACCGUGGGAGGCCAUGAAAAGUUAUGCAGAACAUGUUUGGACCUCUGGUUCUGGAUUGGUUGAAAAUAAUGUGUUCCAUUCUGACUUGUUUAGGGCUGUUUACGCAGACAUUCAGAAGGCUGGUGACCAAGGUUUGAGCAUGAAAGAAAUCUCCAUGACUGCAAAUUUGCAAGGAGAAAAGAUGACAGAAACUCUUGUUGGGGUGCUUGAGGCAUUUGGAAGAGUUUUGAAGGUGAAUGCUUAUGAUUCAAUUCAUGUGGUUGAUUCUUUAUAUCGAUCCAAGUAUUUUCUAACCACACCCAUGGCAACUAUGCACACUUCUGGCAAUUCCAAAGAGGCUAUUGAUGACAAGCUGUUCAUAGAUGACAUGGACUAUCAUGAAAAUGAUGCUGCCUCACUAAAGGAAAUGAGAGUAAAUUAUGAAGAGGUGCACAGAGUCACUAUUCUAAAUCGUCAUGAAGAGGUUGCCGAACCUUUGAAUGAAACGGAAACAGUUAAUAAUGCUGAAGGAGUUUUGCAUUUAGAAGUUAUUACCCCAACCAAAAAUCACAGUGAUAAAAUAUUGGAGGACCAUUCUAUUGGUUCUCAAACACAUAGGAUAAUAUUUCCUUGGAUAAAUGGUGAUGGAACGAUCAAUGAACCUGUCUACAAGGGACUUGUACGCCGUGUUCUUGGUGUUCUGAUGCAAAAUCCAGGGAUACUUGAGGACGACAUUAUAAGGCGGAUGCAUGUUUUGAAUCCACAGAGCUGCAGAAGUCUGUUGAAGACGAUGAUUUUGGAUAACCACAUCAUGGUGCGGAAGAUGGCUCAGAAAACACCAGCACCCCCAGCCAUUCUCAGUGGCCUUCUCGGGAGCCAGUUCAAGAAGUCGAAGCUAAUUUUGCGCGAGCAUUUCUUUGCAAACCCGACUACUAUCACCACCCUCUUGUAAACACAGACAAUAUGUUAUUAUCGGUUGCUUGUAUAUGUUCUCUCGAGCGAGUCUAGUACUGUAUGGUAGUCGGAGUUAGUCAGGAGGUUGAUACUUAUGGGAAGCGCAUGUAUUCUCUUAUUAUUUUGUAUGUAUAUAUGCCUACUUGGUUUCAAUAGAACAAUUGGUUUUCUUUGAUUGUUACCCAA